AACGGGCCUGGCGCCGGUGGUGAGUGUCUCCCUGGCGGGCUAUGUGAGCGCGGCGCCCUUGGCAGAAGUCAAUAUGAUUUUAAUUUGAAGCAAAACUGAGAAGUGGGCUCCUCUUCAUCAUUCAUUCAUACUGCUGUCUGAUGGCCAUGGCAUAAGGAAUUUUACUUAUCCCGGGAAUACAGCUCUGAGUUAGCACUGAGUAAAAUUUGUGAUGAAAUGGAGCCUGGAACAAACUCUUUUCGAGUAGAAUUUCCUGAUUUUUCCAGCACCAUUCUACAGAAACUGAACCAACAGCGCCAACAAGGACAAUUAUGUGACGUUUCCAUUGUUGUCCAGGGUCACAUUUUCCGGGCACACAAAGCUGUUCUUGCUGCCAGCUCACCCUACUUUUGCGACCAGGUACUCCUCAAAAACAGCAGGAGGAUUGUUUUGCCUGAUGUGAUGAACCCAAGAGUGUUUGAGAACAUUCUCCUCUCCAGUUAUACAGGGCGUCUGGUAAUGCCUGCUCCAGAAAUUGUUAGUUACCUGACAGCAGCAAGCUUCCUGCAGAUGUGGCAUGUGGUAGACAAAUGCACUGAGGUUUUGGAGGGAAACCCUACAGUCCUUUGUCAGAAGCUAAAUCAUAGCAGUGACCACCAGUCUCCAAGCAGUAGUAGUUACAAUGGCCUGGUAGAGAGCUUUGAGCUGGGCUCCGGAGGCCAUGCUGACUUCCCAAAAGCCCAAGAACUGAGGGAUGGAGAGAAUGAAGAGGAGAGCACCAAAGAUGAGCUGUCAUCUCAGCUCACUGAGCACGAAUACCUUCCCAGCAAUUCCUCCACAGAGCAUGACCGGCUGAGCACCGAAAUGGCGAGCCAGGACGGGGAGGAAGGGGCCAGUGACAGCGCUGAGUUCCACUACACCCGGCCCAUGUACAGCAAGCCCAGCAUAAUGGCGCACAAGCGCUGGGUCCACGUGAAGCCUGAGCGCUUUGAACAGGCAUGCGAGGGCAUGGACGUCCACGCACCCUACGACGAGCACCAGGUCACCGAGUCCAUCAAUACCAUGCAGACAGAGCACGCAGUCCAGCCCUCUGGAGUGGAAGAAGACUUCCACAUUGGGGAAAAAAAAGUGGAAGCAGAGUUUGACGAACAGGCUGACGAAAGCAAUUAUGAUGAGCAGGUAGAUUUCUAUGGCUCUUCCAUGGAAGAGUUUUCUGGAGAGAGGUCAGAUGGGAAUUUAAUUGGCCACAGACAGGAAGCGGCCCUAGCGGCUGGCUAUAGUGAGAAUAUUGAAAUGGUAACAGGGAUUAAAGAAGAAACUUCCCACUUAGGAUUCUCGGCCACCGACAAGCUGUAUCCUUGUCAGUGCGGGAAAAGUUUCACUCACAAGAGUCAGAGAGAUCGACACAUGAGCAUGCACCUUGGUCUUCGGCCUUAUGGCUGUGGUGUCUGUGGUAAGAAAUUCAAAAUGAAGCAUCAUCUCGUGGGCCACAUGAAAAUUCACACGGGCAUAAAGCCCUAUGAGUGUAAUAUCUGCGCAAAGAGAUUUAUGUGGAGGGACAGUUUCCAUAGGCAUGUGACUUCAUGUACCAAGUCCUACGAAGCUGCAAAGGCUGAGCAGAAUACGACUGAGGCUAACUAAAAAUAGGAUCUGGCCCUUGAGUGGCAGGCACAAAAAUAAACUAUGGUAAUUAUGCAAAUCUGGGCACAGAUGAUGCGUGCUACUUGCUAUUAUAAGAGAAGCUUUAAAAAAAGGAAGAUAUUUCUGAAAGACCAGCUCUAAGUAGGCCAAUUAAAAAAUCUAAUUCCUCAAAUUGAUAUGUUCCAGUCCAGGCCUGGAGUAUGUAAUGGGGCUAAGUCAACCCACCUCUCAGCUGGUGAGGUAAACCUCAGCCCAUGGUGGAGGCAGGUGGACUUGGUCUGGAGAUGCCUGCACGGGGGAUGGAGCUCCAGGCCUACAGUCCCACUUUGGUGAAGGCAGUUUUCCUCACUCGUUACUACAAGGUCAUGGUGAAAUUUUACUUCGCUCUUACUACAGAUACUUAGGUGGUGUGGAUUUAUUUUGGUAGCUGCUUCACUGAAUGAAAUGCUACUUACUUAAAAGCUACAAAUAAUGUGAUCCCUCUGUUGCAAAAUUAACAGAGCUCUCUUACUUGGUUUUAUUCUUCCUAAAAGGUAUUUCACCUCAAACUAUGGAGAGACUGAGGGUGACGUUCUAAGUAUGAAGCACAUACUUCGGUACGAGCUUCAAUUUCUGUAAGAUGCCACUGUCAAAGUGUUUUUCAGACUCUUGAGAAGACAAAGUUUUGUAUUUUAGUACUAACCUUUAGUUGAACAAUUACCUAAUUGUAAUUCUCUAGGGUGUCAGAGAUAGGUAUUUCUAACUCAUUUGCUGUCCCAAAUCCUGUUCACUUGUAGCAUGCACAGUGGGGUUUGCUCGGGGCUAGGGGUGUCUGCCCGCUGUCACUGACACAGUACUGUUGGCUGCCCUGGCCUGCGUCCUGAGCUAGAUGGUGGUGUUUCCCCAAGGGGUCCACCAGCAGCCAGUUAGUGGGAAGGAGCCAGAAGUCCCGGUUGAGGGCUACCUGUGAACUUGAGCUAGUAGAGGGCUACCGUGACACUCUGCCAGAGAAUACUGAGUGCCGGCUUAUACUUGAGCAAAAAGCUGCCCCCCAAAAGUCUUGACUGUACAUUCGUGGGGGUGAUACUUUUUAAGAGGGAUUACACUGAACUCAAACUGCUGGUUCUUUAGGCGUGCUAGAAUGUGUUUUAAAAGGGGGAAAGAAGGAGUACUAAUUUUAGAAAAGUAGUCUACAGAUUCCUGCUCCCAAAUUAUAGAUAAUGCUGCAUAAAUUUACAAGUCCACAGAGCUAUACCCACCAGAAAACAAGCAAAGCAGCUAUUCUGAGACCUUUUCUGCUCAUCAGUUGGGUGUUUUAGGUUAAAAAAAAAAAACAAAAAAAAUAUAUAUUCAGGAUACUUUUAAGCUGUGUAACGUACCUGAAAUUACCACCAGGGUAGGACAGGGUGCUACUACUAUGUCAACUUUUUCCUAAACUUACUGGUCUGUUACUUAUAAGUAGUAACUUUUUUCCUUAAAAUAAAAGUAACUUUUCUUGGAUUUGGGGUGAAAUUUUGUUUUAGCAGCUUGGCUUUGCUCCAGUGUGAUGGGCAUUGGUGGCUCGAGCCUCUGAUCCUCCAGCUCCUACCCAACAAGAUGUUUACUUGUUGAACCAACAAACUGUCUGGAAGGAGAAAGCAAGUACUUACUUACCAGUUAACUCUUGUAAUCAAGAUUACAAAACAGGGAUCUGUUCGUUAACACUGUAUCAUUCUUGAUAUAUAAAGAAGCACUUUGUAUUUAAAACUUUAUUAUAAAUAUAAAUAUAUAUAUUGAUUUUUUUAACCUAGAAACUAGAUAUUACCUCUUGGUUGAUUGCCACAUUAAUAUCCUCUUAGUGCUGAAACCUCACCCAUUAACAGUCCUCUCUCUGUGUACCUGACAGACGUGUGUAGGUGACUGUUUCCUCAAGCUCAUCGCUCCUUCUCAUCUUCUCAUGUCAGAGCCAGUGGGCUGUAGGUCUGAUCCUAGCCGUUAUGUGUGAGGAGAAACUAUUUUAUUGCUCCUGUUAAUUUCAGUACUGAGGCAUUGAAGCCAUUCUGUUCUGCAGAAGCUGACCACCUUCCCAUGGUACUAGCAAACCAUUUUCUGUGUGUUUGGAAGGCUCAAUGCACUGCUUCCACUAAAGCUCCUGUUCAAAUGAACGUUGGUACACUUGGGGAGAAGAGUCUGGGUGGUGAAAUAAAAGUAUUCUGGAAAGUCAUGGUCCUUCGGUUGUGCAGAAAUCGACACACCCUUGUCAUGAGUACUGGUGGCAGCUCUUGUUCAGCCGGGAGUGGUGCGCGGCCCUGGGGCGAGUUUUGCAAGCGGGCACUUGGACUGCGUGUGUAUUGAAGAGAGGUGUACCUUCUGUGGGAGUCCUCGGGUGUACACAGUUACUAAAUGUAGAGUUCAAGGUAUAAGUUCCUCUUACAUCUGUUGUUUUAUGUUGUGCUUUUAUCAUCAUCAUUAUUAUUGGCGUUUCCAUAAAAAUUAGGUUUUGGUAAUCUGGUCAACCAUAUCCUGUGAGGUAGCCAGGCAUCUGAAGUGCUGGUCAUGUUCAGAGAGGCAGGGGAUGGGGAAUGCCUUAGUUUCAAUAUUAAAAGUGAAUUUUUAUAAACUCUGCAUUUUAGGAUUAGGAAAUCAUGAGGUGUUACUGUUUUUUUUCCCUUCCCGCCCUGGGUUACGUAGAUAGUUUCUCUCCUUAGCCUCAGUGCAGCUUUAGAAAAUCUUUAGCCUUCCAGAUGAGUUUAGCUAGUUGUGGAUGUUUUCCAAAUAGUCUUUCAGGGAUUGCGUCAGUGGCCUAUGACCAACACAUUUUGUCCCCUGCUUUGGGUCUUAGAUGUAGUUUUUCCCAGUCCGGUGGGAAGGGCUUCAAGGCAUCCCGGUCAUAUUUAACAUUGGCACUUACACCAUGCCUUUUAUUUUAGCUGAACACGUGGUCCUCCUGGUCAGGCAGGCUGACGCUCAGGAGUACUUGCUCUGGGGGUGAGGCUCACCCCCUGGGGGCUGUGGAUUCCGACUCCACGUCUCACUGUCCUCCAGGCCGCCUUCCUUGGGCCCGCUGCUUUCAGAGUCUGCCAGGAAGGGUCUCCUCCAUUCUGGCGGGCAUUUGCCAAGCUAAACUGCCCGGAGUCUGACCAGCUGUUUGGGAAAGCGGCUUAUUACCCUCAUGCCCGCCCCCGCCCCCCAGCCUAUCCCUGAAGUGUUGGGGAGCAGGGGAGCCAUAGAGCUGUGCUUUCCCCGGGGGUGGGGGUACUCCACACCAAAUCCAGGUAUUUGCUUUAUAAGGUCUGAUAAUUUAAGAAUGCUGGAAACCAAGCAACAUAUUUCACCCCCCAGCCCCCACUAAUUUUAUGAUUUCGGUUGCUUUCAUGGGUGACUGUUCAAUGAAACCAGGGUUGGUUUGUUUGGGUUUUUCCUUUGCUACUUAGAUAUUUAAAGGUACAUGUUUCUUAGUUCAGAUCUCUACUGAUAGUGCCCUAUGGGAAGAUGCUGGAACACAUUUUGCAAAUGUGACUUUUUUUAGUUUUGCUUGAAGCCUGUGUCAUAAUGUCAGUUGCUGCUGCUGCCUUUCCUUUUAUGAGGUUCCCGAUGUUUCCUCCAGAAAAUACUUUAUUUAUGCAAGUCAGGUGACUCUUAGACCACAAAACCAUUUGAUGAUAAACAAAUUAUCAUUAGGUGCAUAUCUUAUUGAUAUUUUGUGAAAUGUUAUGCCUGUGUUGCAAAAGUUGAAUAGUUUUGUCUUUAUAUAUUGCUGUCUUCAGUGUACAGCAUGGUUUUACUUAACUGAAUGUUACUGUUGAAUAUUUUCUUCUUAUAGAAGAGACCAUGCCCUUUUGUAUG